UUUUUCGGCAAAAUCAGCACUCCAGUGUAUUAUAUAGCUCAGUGGUUCCUCUCAUCAGAGACAGCUGGUUUGAUUGGACUUUGUUUGAACCGACUCCUCAGCGCCCCCCGGCGGUGAGUGUCGGAGCAGCGCAGCAGCGGCUCUCUGCUGUUCACCUGCUCGGAGGGAGAGAUCUCAUUCAUCCCGCAGCUGCCGCUCAACAGGUUGCAGAGACAAAGCGCUGCAGGACGCACCCAGCAGGACCACCGGGUUCGGUGACAGGUAUCUGGCGCAGAAUGGGCUCGUAAGGAUGCUGCUGAAAUGGACUUUUGAUCGUUUUUUAUCCUUUUUAGUUUUGCCUGUACAGAACUGUGUGUGUGUGUGUGUGUGUGUGUGUGUGUUUCAAAUUGAAUUAAAAAAAUGCUUUUAUUUUUAUUAUGCUUUUAGAAAAGAAAUGAAAUGUGUUUCCAAAGAGUUGUAGGCGGUGACGGCCGUGCGCAGGAAGGGUUUCUCCUGUAGCCGUCUGUCUCACAGCGGCUGUGAAGGAGCAUCUGACCGAAGACACUUUAUCGAUGAAGUGUUUCGUCUGAUCCGGUUGAGUCAUGGCGUUGCCUGAGAAAAGAUCCUCCGCUCCCGGCAGGACCCCUGAGCAGCGCAGCGCGCGGCACCAGAGCCUGCCCUCCCCGGCCCUGUGCUGCGCCUGCGGCCUGUGCAUCAUGCUGGCUGGCAUCAACAUCACCCUGGUGGGGGCCUUUGCCUUCGACACCUUCAGCCUGGCGGCCAACCCCCCCAUCAUCAUCGGGCCCCUCCUCCUGCUCUUGGCUCUGGGCUUCUUCGUGGCCUGCUGCGUGGCCAGCAGGAGGCCGCCGUCCCACGCGGCCCGCAAGGCCCGGGGAGGCGAGAAGUGGGGGCUGAUGCGGAUGGGGGCCGCCGCUUUCGAGAUGGAGAUGAGCGAGCACACCCUCCAGGACACGACCGCCGUCCAGCUCAGCCCCACGAACUCGCCCAGCUCCUCUCACAAGUCCACGUCCAACCAGGGGGACGGCGCUGGGCCUGCCGACGCCAGGGAGCUGCAGCCGUCAGAGCCGAGCGACACGGGCGCCGCGGGGGAUAAAAGGAGCGUGACCUCCGAGAGGAAGCAGAGCGCUUCCGCUCAGCUGCUAGCUGACCAGAACACGUUCUCCUCCACGUAGAACGGACCGGCCUCUGCUGGAAUGGACGACAGGUCACCUCUCCACAGGACGGACGCGUCUGAUAUAGGCCUCAGGGGACUCGCCGGCCUUUUUAAAUACGUGACAAAGUGGAUGUUAUGGUGUGGUGGCGUAGAAAAACAACGUUGUCUAUCAGAGAUGCAUCGAUUAGAAAGCCCUUCCUGGUUGAGGUACGAGUGGCUGGGUUGCAAACUUUCUCCAGUUCUGAUUCUGAAAAAAUUUUGUGGAGGUUCCUUUAUAAAGAUGGUAGAUUUUAAUGUAGCAAAAAAAAAAAAAAGGAUUAUCAUCAUUGAUGCAUCAUAUUUGUUGCUGACCGUUCUCUAAUUAUUUUUUUGUUUAUCAAACUGAAAAAGGCCAUUUAUAGACUGAAAAUAUCUGGAGUUCUCAGUUUUAAUGCAUUUAAUGAAUAUGUUUGUAUUCAUUUAGUCAAAGUAAAACUGGGAUUUUAGUCUCUGGCCGAUCAACUGAUGCAUCACUGAUACAUUUUCUUUUGUUUCUGACUUUCUAGAAACGCCACCGUGUGUUUUCUCCUGCUUUCUGGUGCUGCCGUUGUGUGUGUGUUUGCCUUCAAGGCUAUGGCGCUGCAGACCGAAGCGCGUCGUGCAGUUCUCGUGAUUACUCAUUGUGUUUGCAGGAUAUUGUUAUGUGUUUAUUGCUGCGCUCCAGGAUGGACCUCAUCCUGACCCUUUUUUUUUUUCCCUGUGGAAAAAAAAAAAAACGCUUGUAUGGGUAGAUCAUUUCUUAUUUGUGUUGGGCAGGUUGACUGCUGUUUGCGAUGGUGCACUAAAUGUGAGGACUGAGGGUAAUGCGUGUCCGGCCGAGAUAAAGACCACUCUGUAAGCCUUGCUGACACAGUUUAGGCCUGUGUAACUUGUCGUGUGAGGUGGCUCAAGCUUCAGACUGUGUUGAAAACUGAUAUUUAUUUCCCUUCUGCAGCUGCUUUAUACGUCCUGUGAAAGCAAACCUGAAUAAAGAGGGCGUCU